GCUCUGUACUGAAUGCUAUGGAGUUGAGAACGAGGAAGCGGUUGACGUAUGUAGUCACUAGCAUCUACUUCUUGCUGGGAGGCGCAGAGUUUGCUGUCAUUCUUCCCACUCUCUAUCCCUACGUCAAAAGUCUCCAUGGAGACGAAUUUUUCUAUGGCGUCACUUUAGCCGCUUUUUGCAUAUCCAGUCUAUUUGCAAAUCCAGUGUUUGGUCACGUGGUCGACCGAAUGAAGAAAACCAAGUCGAUGGUGCUUGUAACAAAUAUGUUUCAAAUUGGAGGAAAUUUUAUGUAUUUUGUUGGGACGUCCAAGUAUAUGCUACUUGGUGGUAGACUCGUUACUGGAAUUGGAAUGGGUGGUGGGGUAGCAAUUUAUGCACAACUUGCAUGGAUGAGUACAGAGGAAGAACGAACUGCUGUGAUGUCAAUAGCGAUGGCUUGCCGACAGUUUGGGAUUCUUGCUGGUCCAGCUUUGAAUAUAUUUCUGAGAGAGAUAAACUUCCAGAUUGGGCCGUUCAAUGUUAAUCAGUUGUCAGUGCCUGGAUUGUUUCUAGCAGUGUUGUGGUGUGUAAUGCAGCUUGUUGUUAUUGUUAUGUAUUUUGAUCUUCCUCCGGUUCAGGAGGUUACAGUGUCAGACGAGGCAUCAACAGCAGACAAUGUUAACAUUUCAAAAAGUGCCCAGGAUGGAUCCGGAUUUGGCUACCAAUUUAAUGAUAUAUGUAGCAAUGAUUCAGAUUCUGACGUUAUGCCACUCUUGAGCACUAAAGCAUCAAAGUACCAAACUAUAACUACUUGCACAGACAGAGAGUCAAUAAGUCAGCAACACUCAAUCCGGAGAAGACUGACUAGUAUAACAGAUGAGUAUCUUCGUGAGGAGAUUGUAGUGCUGUUGGGCAUUAUCUUUAUCAUCUUCUUCAAUCAGUUGGUGCUUGAAAGUGUCAUUGUUCCAUUGUCUACGAAGUAUUUCGGAUGGAGUGCUGUUGAUAACAGCUAUUUCUACUGUGGAUCGGCUGGUUUGGCAAUGUCUGCAUAUGUAACUAUCCAGAGAGUUAGCAAACGAGUGUCUGAUCGUUGGAUCAUGGCUAUUGGUCUCGUGUUUGGGACUUCUGGUGUGUGUUUGCUCACUAUAUUCACUCCACAAAUGACACCAUUACAUGAUAUUACUAGAAAUACUAUCAUUGUUAUGUUUGCUUCUGCUUUCUUAACCCUCGGCUUUCCAUGUGCUUUGACUACUUCCACAUCACUGAUCUCUAAGCUUACCUCAAUGAAAAUGCAAGGAGUAACUCAGGCAAUUCGACGUAUUGUCUCAAAUUUUGGAAUCAUAAUGGGACCUUUGUGGUCCUCAGCCUUUUUUGGGAUGCUAAACAUCAUGUGUGGAGUUAUGCUUGGCUUGCAGAUAAUGAUACUUGCAAUGGUAAUUCUUUCAUUCAGGAAAUUGAAAGAAAAGUCAUUUUUAAAGCAGAACAAAGAUGAAGAUUAA